CUUCAAAUUUUGAUCCCCUUUGCAGUUAUAACCCGGAAGUCGAAAAGGCAACUCCUCCUAUAUAAAGACCUCAGUCUUAUACUACACUUGAUCAGAAAAAACAACAACCAAGUUUUGAAGGUGAAACCACUCUCUCAAACUAUGGUCUCCUUUCACAAAGCGCUGGCCGAGAGUCCAAGGCCUGAAAUUCAUGCAGAAUUCGAAGCAUCAUCAAAGAAGAGAAAAUGGGAAGAGCCAUUUGCCGAAGACUUCUUCAAGGAUCAAACAACUCUAGAGAAAAAGAAAUCUAUCUUUGAUAUAGAGAUUCAUCCUGAGACCCCUUUUUCUUCAGAGAAAUGGCGUCAAUACCUCACUAUUCAGUCCGGGCAGAUACAGUUGUGUAACACACGAACAACAUCAGAGGACCACAAGAGAAGUCCCGAACCACCACCUUCUCAUCACAUGAGUUUAGACCUUGAGCUGAAUUUGACAUGUGAAUCACUGAGGAAAAAAGAUGACAGUUACAACAAUGUUAAUGAGAAGCAGAGUUCUGGUUCCCCAGGGGGUUUGAGUGAACCUGAUCAUGAUCUGUUCAGUGAACCCAGCAAGUGUAAGAAAGAUUCAGAAGGUAUAAACAUUCGUUCUCCCUCGUGGCUGUCAUCAACUGAGGAUGAUUACAAUGAGAUGGUUGCAACAGUUUGCAUGCGCUGCCACAUGUUGGUAAUGCUAUGCAAGUCAUCUCCUUCCUGUCCUAACUGCAAAUUCAUGCACCCACCAGAUCAGAACCCUUCAAAAUUCUUGAAGAGAAGGUGCAGUCUUUUCUGCUAGUUAUUUAUUAGGAACGUCAAGAGAUACGUAUAAAUUUUCAACUUUGACCUUACGCUUAUCUUUCUAUUUUUCCCUCUGAAAAGCCUAAGUUCUUCUUUAUAUAUAUAGCUCAAGUGUAUGUUCAAAACAGUGGGGUGAUGAUUAACUCUAGCUAUGGUACUGAUUCUGGUUGUGAGAACGAAUGCCAAUAAGUGAGUACCCUAGAGACUGACCUGUUAUCAUCAUCGUAUUUCCAUGUACAGACUAUUCUCGAAUAUUGUUUAUCCAUCUCGCCAGAGCAGAAUUUCGGUAGAUUUUUUAAGGAUUUGAAACCAAACCCAUUUUACUUCA